GAGACCUAUCACCAGGGUUUAACGUCUCGUUCUGAAUGUGUAAGCAUGUGUGUGUUCCCUUUACACAGUUGGUCCAUGUGAAACUAUGGCACAGCUGAAUAUGGUGUCACAGUAUUAAAAGGGAAACUCGCCCACCAACUGUGUCGCAAUGGUAAUUGAAAUAAUAAUACACAGUGCAUAUCGAGCUGAUCUCUUUCCUUCGCUCAUACCCAAUCUGGAAGUAUUAACGGAGUGGUUGUUACAGAUUGGUUGUUUGUGAUAGAACGCUGAUGCGGUUCCUCUUUUCAUUGUGAUAGAGCCAUAGCAGUGGCUCUCUCACUCCGUUAUACUCUGGCCCCACUUUCACAGUGACGUUAAUCAUAUAUAAAAGGACAAGUUAUUCUUUCGAUAGCUCCAAAAAUGAUUGGUAUGGUACGCAGUAUCCAGUAAGAUGACUACCGAUUUGCAAGCCACUGAUGAACCAACAUCGGAUAACUCUGGUUCGGAUAUCAAUCUGAACUACGUGACCACCAAGACAUUGUCAAAACCAUUUGAUGAAGAUAUAGAGGUUCAGGAGAUAUCCUCUGUGAAAUCGGCUGAACUUCACGAGGUUUUCGGUCAAGAUCGUUCAAGGUUGAAAGCCGGUUUAGAUCAACGUCAUAUUGGAAUGAUUGCCCUGGUGGGUACAUUCGGUACAGGUAUAUUUCUAUCCUCGGGUGGUGUAUUGGCUGUUGCAGGCCCUGUUGGCUGUCUCAUUGCCUAUUCAACCAUUGCCAUUGUUGUCGGAUUGAACCAAAUGUGUAUUGCUGAAUGUGCAGCUCUGAUGCCAUGUACCUCUGCUCCUCUACGCCAUGCGGAACAGUUUAUUGAUCCGGCAUUAGGAUUCGUAUACGGUUGGUUAGGGAUCUGGAGUGCCAUCAUGCCUGGAGAAAUCAGCGCAACUGCCCUGAUCAUCACGUACUGGACCGAUAUAUCUCAAGGUUUGUGGAUCAGUAUAGUCAUUGUACUGAUUGUUGGGUGUAAUUUCCUGAAGAUAAGAGUUUACGGUGAGAUUGAAUUCACGUUUGCCAUUAUUAAGAUGUUGUUACUCGUUGGCCUGAUCAUUAUCUCCAUAGUGAUAACCUCAGGAGGUGGACCCAAGGGUAAAAAGAUUGGAUUUAAGUAUUGGGAUGACCCUGGUCCAUUUGAGGAGUACUUAACCACUGGAUCACUUGGUAAAUUUGCAGGCUUUUGGCAGGCACUGUCCGGUACUGUCUAUUCGUUUGGUGGUGUUCAAAGCGUUCCAAAUUUGGCAGCUGAGGUUCAAUAUCCAAGAAGAUCUAUAUUUACUGCUUGUAAAAGGGUAUUUUACAGGGUUUCCGUCUUGAUGAUUGUAACUAUUUUCUGUCUUACGUUGAUUAUUCGCUCAGAUGACCCUCAUAUUGCAAAUGGUUCAGGUAAUGCUUCUUCAUCUCCUUUUGUCGUUGCGAUAAAGAACGCAGGUAUAGAUGUGCUCCCUCACAUCAUCAACGCUGGUGUCUUAACAUCUGCGUUUUCUGCCGGUAAUCUAGCCCUCAUGGGAGGUGCAAGGCUAUUAUUUGCACUAGCAGUGAAAGGUCAAGCACCAAAGAUCUUUUUGAAGACCACGAGAUCUGGAGUUCCAUGGGUUGGUAACAUAUUUGUUGCUGCAUUCAUGCCGUUGGCCUAUAUGAACAUGUCAGAGUCUGCAGCAGAUGUUUUCAACUGGUUUCAAUCCUUAACGUCUGCUAAACUGUUAUGGGAUUGGAUCUUAAUCUCUGCGAAUCAUAUCUUUUUAACCAGGGCCAUGAAGGCCCAGGGGAUUCCGAGAUCAAGUCUUCCUCAUACAUGGAGAUUUACGCCUUAUGCUGCGUGGAUAUCGGGGUUCUUUUCCUUGCUAUUCCUUCUGACAGGUGGGUUCAAGAACUUUGUCCACGGCCACUUCUUGAUCUCGAGCCUAUUCUCGUCGUACUUCGUCAUACCAAUGAGUAUCGUCCUCUACAUUGGUUGGAAGCUGUUGAAAAGAACGAGAUUUCUUAGACCUGAAGAGGUUCAGCUCGAGAUACUGUUCAAGGACGUUGAAGAGAAUCCAGAGCCACCUGAGCGUCCUCUGAAGGGAUGGAGGGUGCUCACGGUGCUCUGGGCGUGAUUAACUGUUAGAAUUGAAAUAUAUCUCGAUGACGUUUGAGCCUGUAUGCGGUG